AUGGUUGUUUUACUAGACCCCUCUGACGAUCCAGAUGAUAUUCUCAGAGCCAACAGGUCUCGGGAGAAACAGUAUGCCUUUGACUGUACAUUUGAUGGGAGCUGUUCGCAGAGAGAUGUAUAUGAUGCAACAACCAAAGUUUUGAUACCAAAUGUAGCUAGUGGAUAUAAUGCUACAGUUUUUGCUUAUGGACCUACAGGUGCUGGCAAAACUUACACAAUGUUGGGAACUGAUGAUGAACCUGGAAUUAUGGUCCAGGCUCUUAACGAUUUGUUCUUGGAGAUGAGGCAAAAUGCAGACGUGGCCUACAAGGUCACAAUGUCUUACCUUGAGAUUUACAACGAAAUGAUUCGGGACCUUCUGAACCCAGAUUCAGGCUUUCUGGAACUGAGGGAGGAUGCGAAAGGGAAUGUGCAAGUAGCAGGGAUAUCAGAGGUCACAGCAAGGUCGACAGAAGAGGUUAUGGGAAUGCUAGUCAAGGGGAACUUGGAGCGUACACAGGAACCAACAGCUGCCAAUGCGACAUCAUCCAGAUCACACGCCAUUCUUCAGGUCACGGUCAAACAGAGAAACAGACUUCGAAACAUCAUGCAGGAAGUUCGCACUGGUCGCUUAUUUCUGGUUGACCUGGCUGGAUCAGAGAGAGCAGCAAACACUCACAACAGAGGGAAACGUAUGGUGGAGGGGGCUCACAUUAAUCGUUCACUGUUAGCCCUGGGCAACUGCAUCAAUGCUUUGAGUGACAAAAAUGGACCCAAAUACAUAAAUUACAGAGACAGCAAGCUGACCCGUCUCCUGAAGGAUGCACUUGGGGGCAACUGUAAGACGGUGAUGAUUGCACACAUCAGCCCUGCCAGCACACAGUUUGAGGAGUCCAGAAACACUCUUGUGUAUGCAGACAGGGCUAAACACAUAAGAACAAAGGUGCGACGAAACGUGACAGAUGUGGCCUAUCAUAUUGCUCAGUACUCCAGCAUCAUAUCUGAACUGAGAGAUGAGGUCUUGAGACUGCGGACAAAACUCACAGAACAUACACAGCAGAAACACUCAGUCGCCAGCAUACAGGCUGUACAAUCCGAAGUAGUGGAAUCACAAAGAAGGACAGACAAAGCAGAUGUGACAAACUUCAAAGAACAACUACUUACAAGUUUCAAGGACCAGAUGGAACUCAGGCGCACCCUCAUGGAACUAAACAAUGCUUCAAUGGAGAUCAGCCUUGAGACCAACCGCAAUCAGUUGGUUAUCAGCGAGUACCAGGUUGAAAAAGCAAGACAGCUAAGAAAUAGAGAGCAUACAAAUAUGACUGACAGCAAAUUUCCGGAUGAGGAGAAAGAAAAUGAAGGUUCUACAGCAGACAAUGAAGCUGAGCCUGUGGAAGUGCAGGUUGCCAGGGAUGAGCUGAAGGUGUUGCACGAGGAGAAAUACAAGACAGAGAGGGUCAAGACCACGAUACAGAGAGAGCUGGAGACUGCCAGAAACAAGACUCAUAAACUUGAAGAGUUGAUCCCCGUACGCAUCAGCAGUGCAGACCAGCAGGAAAUCCUUCAUCUGCUGUGCCGUGUCCACCAGCUGGAAAUACAGUCUCUAGAGGGACAGUCAGCCAGUCUGCUGAGGGACUUCCAGAUUCGCCACAAAGAUAUGGUCAUCACCAAACUCCACCACUCUCGGAAUUUAUCAGAUGACAUCAUCAAGUGCCAGAAAAAAAUCAUUGAUGAGCACAAGUUGAAAAGCACCCCAGAGCUGGAACAGCUGUAUGUGCUGUACACAGAGGAACAGAAACACAGACUGGUCAAAGGGGAAGAUAUUA